CCGGAGUAACUCUCUCCUGCUCGUACUCAGACCCUGAGCCUCAUUCCUCCCUCCCACAUCUUUGACUGACCUGAGCUUGUGGUAACUUCAAUCAGUUUGUGGGGGACGUUUCUUGAAACUGCCAGUAAAUCUGGGGCUGACCGCCAGCACAUUGCCCAAAGCACCUCGUUCCGACUCGUCCUUUAGUGAAUACAUCUCAAACUCUGCAAAAGCUGCACUUGUGUAGCGCCUUUCAAGAUCUCAGGUGUGUUGAUCCUGCCUUCUCGCAGCAUGUUUGUCCUGGUGGAGAUGGUGGAUACUGUGCGGAUCCCGCCCUGGCUUUUCGAAAGGAGGCUAAAUGACGCCAUAGCUGAAGAGCUGAACAAAAAACUGGCAAAUAAGGUCGUAUAUAAUGUUGGCCUCUGUAUUUGCCUGUACGACAUUACCAAGCUGGAAGAUUCCUACAUUUUUCCAGGGGAUGGAGCAUCUCAUACCAAAGUACAUUUCCGUUAUGUGGUCUUUCGACCUUUUCUGGAUGAGAUUAUUACCGGCAAAAUUAAAGGCUGCAGUCAGGAUGGUGUUCACGUGACGCUGGGAUAUUUUGAUGACAUCCUCAUCCCUCCAGAAUCUCUGCAGCAACCUGCCAAGUUUGAUGAGACGGAGCAGGUAUGGGUGUGGGAAUACGAGACUGACGAGGGCACACAUGACCUUUACAUGGACAUCGGUGAAGAGGUCAGACUCCGAGUAGUGGAUGAAACCUUUGUGGACACCUCCCCCACGGGGCCCAGCGCAGCGGAAAGCCUGAACUCCACCGCAGAGGAGACCCAGAGGAAGGAAUCUCCUUACACACUGACGGGCUCCAUCAGUGAGCCGGGGCUGGGGCUGCUCUCCUGGUGGACGAAUGGUUAAUGAGCAGGACAGGAAGGACUCUAUUGGGAUGCAGCUUUGAGACGGCGGUGCCUGGAUGGAGCUGGAGCACACUCUGGCCUUGCUUCUCUCACCGAUUCCUGAAGGAUCCAGUCUCCCCGAGACCAGGACAGAUGCUGGACCAGAGCAGGAAGCGAGCAAGAUCCUGCUGCGACAGGGAACAUUUUCCUUACUAUAAAUGAACAUGCAUGAGUGGAACAUUAUUGGAAAAGCUUCCAAUAAAGACUUGGUUUGUAGAGACCAUGUUGACUACCUCACAGCACAGAGUGGCCUGACUUCGCAACAGGUGCUUAAAGUAAAGAUGUUUGUGGAUUGGA